CUGGGGCGGCGGAGAUAUAAUUUGUAAUUUGUGUGCCGUUGCUGUUCGAGGCCAUUUUGCUAAUGUUUAUUUAGAAUUGAAAGUUAGUAAUCGUGUUCAGUAUUCAGUCACCGCGUUCCCUGGAGUUUCAUACCGGAAUCCUCCCUCACACCACUGUCUUCCGCACGCGCAUUGGUUAUCGACACGAUGGCUUACAGAUCUAGUCGUGGUGGUUUUGGCAAUACAAGAGGAGGAAAUCGUGGGACUUCUUACAAUUCAAAUUAUGGCAGUCCAAGAGGUAGUCGUGGUGGGAAUAAUUACAACGAUAGUUACAGAAGCCGAGGUAAUAGUUCAUUUCGUGGGUCUCGGGGAGGCAUUCGAGGAAAUAGUGGAUCUUGGUCUGGUAAUUCACCAUCAACCGGUGGUUAUAGCAGCAUGAAUCGCAACAAUGCAUCUAACUGGUCGUCUCAAGGAGACUCUAAUUAUGAAUCAAGAAACCGCUAUUCUGGUAAUAAUGAUCGAUAUUCAAGUAGUCAUAAUGAUGACUAUAGGCGGUAUAAAGAGGGUGGAAGAAGUCACAGAGACUCAGACAUGGGUGGAUAUUCAAGUUCCGGUGACGACUUUGGCCGUUAUAGUAGUGGUGGUGGUGGUGGUAGUGGAGGUGGUGGUAGCAGCAGUUAUGUUGAAGAACGUAGUAGCAGAUCAUCCUAUGCUCCUGAUAAUAACUAUGGAGGAAGUAGCAGUUACAGAGGCCGUGAGAGUUCACGUGACUAUGGCUCAGAUUUUCGUAAGCCAUUGCCUCCUGAUGAUGAUCGUUCUUCACCACCAUCCCCAAGAUAUUCUGGCCCAUCAAAUAGAGGCAGGGGUACUAGGGGAUUCCGUGUUGCUGAAAGACCUGGUAUGAGGGGUAGAUCUACUGCUAAUCUGAUUUAUAGAGGAUCAUCAUUUGGAGGUACAGGACUUCUCAAACGCAAACGACUUGAACCUACACCAGCUUGGCGCACAAAUCCUAUUCGUAAAGGAUAUGAUGUGGCCAAUAGAAGGAUACAUACAGUCAAAAGAACUAGUAUGCGAGAUCAUGAUGAUUAUCGUGCAAGAAAAAUUGCAGAAUUCAGGGAAAAAACUCGGCAACUUCGUGAACGUGUAAGGUCUCCAUCAUUGGACGAAGAAGAAGUAGAAGAGGAAGUGGAAGAAGAAGUAGAAGAAGAAGAAUCAGUCAAUGAUGAUGAAGGAGAAAGACCUGAAGAUGAUGCUGAAAAAAAAGAUAAAUUGCCCAAAAAGAAAAAGAAAGUUAUUAAAAAAGUAAUGAAAAUUGUUAAAAAAAAAGUAAAAAAACAAAAACUAAAUGGUGAAGUAUCUAAAUCUGGUUCUGGAGAUAAAACUUCGCCUCGAAAAAAUGAAAACAACUUGUUAGAUUCUAGAGGAGAACCAUUUAUUAAACUAUUAUGUCCACAUUGCGAAGUAACCUGCAAGACUUUUAGAGAAUAUGAGAUACAUUUACUGAAAAUACGUCAUCGCACUGCAAUGUCUCAAUUAGCUCGUAAACGUAAGCAUGAAUUAUUUAUGUUUCGUCAGGAUCAACGCAAAGAACAAAAAGAAAUUGAUGACAAAGCUACAGAAGAAGAUCCAAAAACUGAUAUUAACUAUUGCAAAUUAUGCCAAUUAAAUUUCAAACAACCAAAAAGCGAUCACUUUAGUAGUAUUUUGCAUAAAAAAAUUAAACAAUUUCUACAACCAGCUUGUAAUGUUUGUCAUUUGAUGUUUGCCUCACCAAUGCGUUAUGAACAUCAUUUGUGCAGCACUAACCAUUUAAAGAAAGUUGAUAUUUAUGAUCGCCGAACUAAACGAAUGGCUGCUGUUCCUAGUGCAGAUGAAGCUGAUGGUGAUGUGGAUAUGGACAAUUUUAUGGUUUUAGACUCAGUUGGAUCUGGUGAUGAUGAGGGAUCAGAAGAAGGUGAAAAUGCUCAAGAUAGUAAAGAUGACGGAAAAAAGAAAUCUAAAUCUAAAAAAGAAAUUAGCCUUGGUAAAGAAUUUUGUAAAAAAGUUGAAGUAUAUUACUGUGAAUUGUGCAAAUUCAAUUUACCCCCAUAUGAUGAUGUUGAACAGCAAUUGAGUUUACAUUGCCGAAAUCGCAUACAUUUACAGCGAUAUGUGCAACAUUGUGAAAAAAAUAAAGCUCAAGAAAAGACUGCCGAAGUAGUUAGCAAAGAAUGUACUGAUGAAACAAAAUCAGACAGCGACUCCUCUAACAAAGGUGUUGGAAAUGAGGAUAAAAAUGAAACUUCAGACAACGGUGAUGAUUUAUCAAGUCUAAAUAUUCAACAAGAUGAAGAAAUGAAAAAUGAAUUUGAUUGGGCUUCAUUGGACACUGUCAUCAAAGUUAAUAAAAGUAUAGAUGACUCCGAUAAUGAAAAAUCUAUAGGUGAUUCAGAAUCUAAAUAAAAAUUUUUAAAGUAA